CUGGGCUGCAGGACAAAACCCCAAUCAAAUAAAUACAAUUCCCCAUCGCGUUCGAGUUGCCGGACUGGGGAGGAUGGGAAGGGGAAGGAGGCGCAGGGGCACUGCGGCGCGCGAAUGGGGUGUUCAGUGAGCAGAAGAAAAUCCUGGAGGAUAUUUGUGUUUUGUUUUGGAACUGUCGCGUUGAGAUCGCCUCUGUUCUGUAGGUGCCUCUUUACUGCUUUGCAUUUUAACCGGUUUAAUGUAUUUCACGAGUAGAAAAAUGUACAAUAACUGGCGGCGCUCAGGGGGCGGGGCAGGGAGCGCAGCUGAGCCGGGCUCGUUUCUGAGCAUUUCAUCAUAAGGCUUUUAAUGGAUUUUUUUUCCCUCCCUUUUUGGUCUCCCGUUCAGCGUCAGCUGUUGUGAACCCAGCAGAACCCUCUCCGUUCGCUGUACCGUAACCGAGCGGAAGGGAGACGCUGAAUGUCUUUUUCGGGCUUUCAGUUAUUUUUAUUUUUUUAAUGUCUGAUGCAACUGAGGUCUCGGAGGAGGAAUGGGGCUGUGGUUGAGUGCCCGUGGCUAGCGAAGGGGUCCGGCCGAGGUAGGGGCAAGCAGCGUGUGUGCAGCGGCGGCGAGGGGGCUGGGGAGCUGGGGUUGUGCGGGAGCUGCGAGUGCACGGAGCGGCAGAACACGCAAAGUUGUUCUUGCAGCUUUCCCGCUGCUCUUGUCUGGCACUGGGAAAAGGGCGAGAAAAACUUCCCGUACCUUCUGGGCAAUUCAGGAGGCUUUGUUGGUGGCGCCGGGCUGGUUUUAAUGCAUUUUUGUGCGUGAGAUUAUUACAUAAGGUUGAUAAUUUCUGUUGCUGCUGGAUUUCCCCUCCUCCUCCUCUCCCCUCCCCCCCCCCCCCCCUUGUGUUUUGUGCGGAUUUCUCUGGCUCUCUUUGAGUGAAUGAACUGGCGAUUUGCGAAGUUGCAAAGAGCCCCUCCGCCCCCUUUUUUGCAUCCUUCCCUCUCCCCUUUGCACCGCUCCGUAGACGACAAAAGGAGUAAACUUCCUCCACUUUAGCUAGCAUAUUAAGAGAGCUCUCUGGAGAGAUUACGGUAUCAAAGCCUCGCAUCUGCCUGCAGUUACUCCGCCGUUCUGAGCGUCUGCAGCAGCUCGGGGAGAGCAGUUUCAGGUCUUGGGAGAACCGCUCUUCCUUUGGUGGAAAUACCGGUAAAACCUGUCUCUGAAACCAUUACCCGACCCAAGGAUCAGCAAGGAUAGACCCGUAAUGCCAGGAAUGGUCAGUAAAAAUCCAGACCUCGAGUUCGACUCUUUGCAGCCCUGUUUCUACCCGGACGAAGAUGAUUUUUAUUUGUGCGGGCCGGACUCCGCUCCCCCUGGGGAGGACAUCUGGAAAAAGUUUGAGCUGCUGCCCACCCCUCCGCUGUCUCCCAGCCGGGCCGGGCUCCAGGAGCAACCCCCGGGGGGGGGCCCGGGGCCGUGGGGAGGGGCGGCCGUGGGUGGCUGCCGUCCCGCCGACCCCCUGGACUGGGCGUCCGAGCUGCUCCUGCUGCCACCCGAGGCCGACCUGUGGGGCGGCUCGGACGCCGGGGACUUCUUCGAGACGGGCCUCGGCGUGACCAACAACCUCAACUCCAUCAUCAUCCAGGACUGCAUGUGGAGCGGCUUCUCCGCCCGCGAGAAGCUGGAGCGGGCAGUCAGCGAGAAGCUGCAGGGCAAAGCGCCCGCUGCCGCCCCGCCGCCGCCCUCGGGGGCCGCCGCCGCCAGCGGCCGCUCAGAGCUGGGCGGCGCCGUGCCCGAGUGCGUGGACCCGGCCGUGGUCUUCCCCUUCCCCGUCAACAAGCGGGAGGCGGCGGCCGGUCGCGCCGCGGCGGUGGCGGUGGCAGCGGCGGGCGGCGGGGCUCCGCGGGGCGGCCGCCCUCCACGCCCCGCCGGGGACAGCCGAGCCAGCAGCAGCUCCGGAGACGAUACCCUCAGUGACUCGGAUGAUGAAGAUGAGGAGGAAGAGGAUGAAGAAGAAGAAAUAGAUGUUGUGACAGUGGAGAAAAGACGCUCCUCCUCCAACAAGGCUGUUACCACCCUUACUAUUACAGUGCGUCCUAAAAAUACCACUUUUCCAUCAGUCAGGACACAGCAGAAUGAACUGAUUUUAAAGCGUUGCGCACCAAUUCACCAGCAGCAUAAUUAUGCCGCUCCUUCUCCAUACAUGGAGAGUGAAGAGGCUCCACCACAGAAAAAGUUAAAAACCGAGGUGCCCCGUCCAGUAAAACCCACGAUCCCACCAAAGUCUAAGAGUUCAAGUCCUCGAAACUCUGAUUCAGAGGAUAGUGAACGUCGACGUAACCAUAACAUCCUGGAGCGUCAGCGACGUAAUGAUCUACGGUCAAGUUUCCUCACAUUAAGGGACCAUGUUCCAGAACUGGUUAAAAAUGAGAAAGCUGCAAAAGUUGUGAUCUUGAAAAAAGCCACUGAAUAUGUUCAUUCCCUUCAGGCAGAGGAGCAGAAGUUAUUGCUAGAAAAGGAAAAAUUGCAAGCCAGACAAGAACAAUUGCUAAAGAAAAUAGAAUACAAGCGGACUUGCUAAACUGUUUUUUGUUUUGUUUUGUUUUGGCUGACCAGGACAGUCGCUGCCACUUUGCACAUUUUUGAUUCUUUAAAAAAAAUUGUGUUUUUUGACGUUAAGAAUGUUGGUUUUACUUUCAAUCCAGUCCCUGAAGUAAUCGACAAACUAUAUUAUCCGGGUACGGAGCAAAUGGAUGUUCUUGCAAGGAGUUUAUUGCAAGACUACCAAACAACAAUGGACUGCCUUUGCUUUUCCUCUUAAGAACUGUAGAUGGUGGGGAUUUUUUUUUUUUAAUUGUUGUGAGCAUUUGGAGCUGCUGAUGACAUCUAGUUGAGUUUUAAAAUGUUCAUUCCUAAGUUUAAUGGUGCUUAUGUUCUAACAGAUGUUACUUUAGGGGUUGGCAUUUUGUGCCCCCGUGGGAAUUUUCUGUAAAUACCAUCUACACACUUGCCUUUUGUACAUGUCUUGGGUUAUGAGAGGUGGCUUUUGCUACCAGUAUUAGACUGGAAGUUCAUACCUAAGUACUGUAAUACCUCAAUGUUUGAGGAGCAUGUUUUUGUAUACAAAUAUAUUGUUAAUCUCUGUUAUGUACUGUACUAAUUCUUACAUUGCCUGUAUACUUUAGUAUGAUGCUGAUACAUAACUAAAUUUGAUACUUAUAUUUUCGUAUGAAAAUGAGUUGUGAAAGUUUUGAGUAGAUAUUACUUUAUCACUUUUUUGAACUAAGAAACUUUUGUAAAGAAAUUUACUAUAUAUGCCUUUUCCUAGCCUGUUUCUUCCAGUUAAUGUAUUUGUUAAUGUUUGGUGCAUAGAACUGGGUAACUGCAAAGUUCUGUGUUUAAUUUCUUCCAACGAUGUACAUUUAGUGCUGCGUCUUAUAGCACUUUGAAAUACCUCAUGUUUAUGAAAAUAAAUAGCAAUUACAUGA